UGCCCCUGCACUUAGUUUCCUUUCCACAUCUCACAUUCCUUCAUUCUUCUUACUCUGUUGCAUAUCUAGAUUCUCUUCUUCAUUCCUCUCCUUCAGUCUCCAUUAUCUAACACUCAGCCCACUCUCUGCCACCCUCUCUCCUUAUCUCCUCUGUCUCCCUGGUUCUCCCACACUCUCACCCCUUUUGUGUGUAUAUGAGCUGGUCAGUAGGCAGAUGUAAAGAUGACUAUUUUCCUGUGCGUGACUGUGCAACUUCUUAUACACUCCCUGGCAGUGUCACAGCACUUAGACAUAGGCAAAACUGGCAGGCAAACGAUGCAGCACAUGGAAAACCAAAAUGCGCAGGCUAAAUCACAGACAGUCCUGCCUAGCGCAGGUCAGUCUGUUUCAGAGAGACUCCAAGGACAGGGAAUGGAAGCUGUAACUCAGAAGGUAAAGAAGGGUAAAAAAGUACAACACAAAGGAUCUAUAAACCUAAGCAAUAAUAUGUGUGGAUCAAAAUGCUGCUCUGGUUUGAGGGCAGCACCUAAAACAGCGAUGUGCACCAGAGCUAUAUGCACGCCAAAAUGCAACAGUGGACAAGUAUGUCGGAAACUGCGCACUUGUUUAUGUAAGAAUGGCUUUAGGGGCCCGCAAUGUCAGCAUCAGUCUCUCCUCGGUAAAUCUGAGGUUGUAAUUCCAAAGCCUGAUGUAGUUACUACUCAACGCACUACGGUUCCAACUUUAACUCCUGAUAUAAGCACAACAGGAAGCAUGGUCAACACAGACUUUCCAACUACUAGUAUUGAACUGAAAUACAAUAACCCAAAGCUGCAUAUCCAUUCAGAUAAGAAAAGAACAUCACUUAGAUGGCAGCCUCUGUCUCUACGGGAGCUUCAGUCCAUUCUAAAACGAAAAGGUUUGGCCUCACAGGGGAAGAUGACCACUUUACUCACUACACACCUGGAAACUCAGAAACGCUUAAUGGGCAAUUACAGUGGUGAAGAGAAGCUCUACACCAACAAAGCUCUACAUACCUCAAGGGAAGAAUACAUGUAUCAUAAGCAGAUCCACAAGGCUGUUCUUUGUCCACUGCUUUGCCAAAAUGGGGGUGUUUGCCUGAAGAAGGAUAAAUGCUUGUGUCCACCAAACUUCACUGGAAAAUUUUGCCAGAUUCCAAUAUCAACUGAUGGCGGGAAUAUUAAACAGGACCACAAGAACAGCAGUGUGGAGCAGAACACAAUGACCAAAUCAGUCCAUACGCUUCUACUGUCCAAUUACCACCCAGAAAAAGAUGGAGCUGCUUCUGUUGUCAAGGUCCAUGUGGAGCACCCCCCAGAGGCCUCUGUGAACAUUCACCAGGUUGAGCGUAUAGAUGGGCAAAGUGGUGACAGAGCGAGGAAUGGCAUUCAAAAUCAUGAGCAACUAGGAGCGAGAAUUCCACUGUAUGGGGUACAGGCUCAAAGUAGCCCCCGCAUUAAUGGCUACACCGAAAAUUCAGGAUUUGGUUACUGCUUUCGACGCUUGGAGAAUGGUCAGUGUGCCUCGCCUAUCCCUGGCUUGAGAACACAGGAAGUUUGCUGCCGUAGCUCAGGAGUGGCCUGGGGGGUCCAUGACUGCACUCCAUGCAAUGGACACCAAGGUGAUGUUUUAUCCGCAAGUGUUAUUGAUACGCCCUGCCCAAAGGGAUUUGAAAGAAUCAACGGCACCUGUAUAGAUAUUGAUGAGUGCACCGAUUCUACACUGUGCGUGAAUGGGGACUGUACCAACACUAGAGGGAGCUAUACCUGUAUGUGCCGUGAAGGUUACUUGCUGGAUUCCUCCAGGAGCAGCUGCAUCUCCCAUCAUGUGAUAUCAGAAGUCAAGGGUCCGUGUUUCCGAAUCUUACGGGAUGGAAAAUGCUCCCUCCCCAUCCUCCGGAAUAUCACCAAGCAAAUCUGUUGCUGCAGCCGGGUUGGAAAGGCUUGGGGCAAGGGCUGUGAGCAGUGCCCUCCCUUUGGUACAGAAGGAUUUAAAGAGACCUGUCCUGCUGGGCCCGGGUACCACUAUUCUGCCUCAGACCUGCGUAUCAACACCCGGUAUGUUGGGCAGGACCAAGCACGGGUGCCACUCCUUCGCCAACCAGCAUCAAGAGGAUUUCCUUUCACCACAGCUAGCCCAGUCUACCAUGCUGUUACAGGCCAUAUCACUGUGGAAAGACAGCAGGAUAUUGACCAGAGUAGAAUCUCGUCACCAAACCAAAGAGUACCUUCCAGGGAACCCGUAUCAGCCAACAGAUCUAUUUCUGGCCCUGACAGGGUCUCAGUAUUGCCUGCUCCAGUUCCUACAGAAACACAAAAAGAAGCUCCCUCUCAAGAAUCUAGUAUAUGUGAGUUGAAUCCACAGAUUUGUGGGCCAGGUCGCUGUGUUCCACGUUUGGGCAGUUACACCUGUGUAUGUAAUACUGGAUACUGGCUAAGCACACAGGGGACACACUGCAUUGACAUGGAUGAAUGCAGACAGAGGCCAAGCCUUUGCACCAAUGGGCGCUGUGAGAAUACUGUGGGCAGCUACCGCUGUGCUUGCUCUGCUGGAUUCAGUACUAACCCACAAGGCACAGAGUGUACAGACAUUGAUGAGUGCAGCACUGAUCAGACACCCUGUGACAAUGGCCGGUGCGAAAACACCCCAGGAAGCUACCGAUGUUUCUGCUCUCCAGGCUUUACCCUGAACCCCCAGGGCAAAUCUUGCAUAGACAUUGAUGAAUGUCGUAUUAGCCCAAGACGCUUCUGCUUGAGUGGCCGAUGUGAAAAUACCCCUGGGAGCUUCCUUUGUGUUUGUCCAGUAGGGUAUACUGCCAAUCCACAAGGCACAGACUGCCAAGACACGGACGAAUGUCGUCAGACUCCUCGAAUAUGUGGAUCUGGUAGAUGUCAGAACACUCCCGGCAGUUUCCGUUGCUCAUGUCCAGUUGGAUACAGACUAACACCACAGGGCAAUGAAUGCAUUGAUAUAAAUGAGUGUGAGAAUCCUGGAGCCUGCGCUGGGCAGGAGUGUCUAAAUACACCUGGAUCCUUCCAAUGUCGUCAGUGUCAUAGUGGAUAUAGGCUGCAGAACCGGCGUUGUGUGGACAUUAAUGAGUGUCAAACAGACUCUGCUUGUGGACGUCAUGGAAAAUGCAUUAACACUGAGGGCUCCUUUGAAUGCGAGUGUCUCCCAGGAUACCACCUUAAUGACAGAAACCGCUGUACAGAUAUUAAUGAAUGUCUGGAGGGAGAUUUCUGUUUUCCACGUGGAGAGUGCCAGAAUACAGAGGGUUCUUACAUAUGUGUGUGCGCAGAGGGAUACGUCACUACUCCUGAUGGUGCCUCCUGUGUCGAUAAAGAUGAAUGUCAACAAGGCACCCUCUGCCAAGGAGGGAGAUGUAUUAAUACACAAGGGUCAUUCCAAUGCCAAUGUCCUACUGGCUUCAGAGUCACUUUUAACAAAGCAGCCUGCACAGAUAUUGAUGAGUGUCAGGAAAGAGGAACUUCCCUAUGUGGCACACAGAGCUGUGAAAACACUUUGGGCUCUUACAGGUGCAUUGCGCAGUGUGAUACGGGAUACAGGCUGACAGCAUCCGGUGACUGUGAAGAUAUCAAUGAAUGUGCCAAUUCUACAAUAUGUGGGGACAAUGCAGUAUGUAAAAAUCUUUUAGGUUCCUACCGCUGCACUUGUAACUGGGGCCAUGAGAUGUCCAGUGAGGGUCAGCACUGCAUUGAUGUUGAUGAAUGUUUAGAAUAUGGAAGAUCUAUUUGUGGGACAAAGCGUUGUGAAAAUACACCGGGAUCCUAUAGAUGUAUUAGUGACUGUGAGCCAGGUUACCAGUUAUCUUCUUCAGGUGACUGCACAGAUAUCAAUGAGUGUCUGAACAAGACUGUCUGUGGUGACCAUGCAAUGUGCCACAAUCUGGCAGGAACCUAUCAAUGCCUGUGUGACCAAGGAUAUGAGGGAGCAAGGGGUGAACGUCACUGUGUUGAUGUCAAUGAAUGUCUAACCCUGCAAAGUGUCUGUGGCACAGCUCUCUGUGAGAAUGUGGAGGGCUCCUUUCUCUGUACAUGUCCAAAUAGCAAGGAGGAAUUUGAUCCAAUGUCUGGAAAAUGCAUCAGAUCUAACUCUACUAUCCGCCCUGUGCUGCCCAGCCUUCCUAGCCCAUCUCAAGUGGACACACUGACUUCAGGUCACAAGGAAUGUUAUUACAAUUUGGAAGAGUCUGAAGUUUGUGGGAAUGUCCUUGCUAGAAAUGUAAGCCGGGAUGAAUGCUGCUGUAGCAUAGGUGAAGGAUGGGGCCAAAACUGUGAGAGAUGCCCAGCAAUAGACACAGCUGAAUACCAGGCCUUGUGUCCACGGGGAGGGGGAUACACUAUAUCACAACAAGGAUUAAAAGAUAUUAAUGAAUGCCAAAUCUUUGGGAACCAAUUGUGCAAGGGAGGUUUCUGCUUGAACAAGAUCCCCUCAUUUUCUUGCUACUGCUCCAAUGGGUACUACUAUGAUGUACAGCGGCUUGAGUGUGUAGAUAAUGAUGAAUGUCAUGAGGAGGAAUUGUGUGAAGGGGGCAACUGCAUAAACACAGUAGGAUCCUAUUACUGUACCUGCAACCCCCCAUUGGUGCUGGAUUCAACCCAGAGGAGGUGUGUCGCUAACACCAGUCAGACUAUAGAUGAAAAUCUCUCCUACUGUUGGCAGGAGAUUGGAGCAGAUAUGUUGUGUAAACGCCCUCUGCUGGAAAGACAAACAACUUAUACUGAGUGCUGCUGUCAUUAUGGAGAAGCCUGGGGAUUACAUUGUGCCCUGUGUCCUGGAAGGGAUACUGAUGAUUUUGAAUCCCUUUGUAUUGACUGGAGACCUACAGACACUGGAAACCCUGGCCCACCACAACCUAGCCUUUAUGAUUAUGGCACAGAAUAUGGAGGUUAUGGAGUUCCAUAUGGACCAGAUGCCUUUGCCAACCCCCCACCUAGGAUAGUGAGACCUGGAUAUGAAUCUUACCCUGCAGCUCCAGGUGGAAUGAGUUUUGGAUCAAGGCCAUCAUUACCUUAUGGCCCACGUGAUUCACUCUACAGCCUCCCUCCUUAUGAAUCCCCAGACUUUGACUCAGAUAUUUACUACCCUGACCCUUCUGUUGAAGAGCCGAGAAACCCAUUUCGGAGGACAGAUUCCUCACGUGAUCCCAAUCCUUAUCCAUCUGCACCUCGAUCAAGAUCAAGGAGUACUGAUAUCUCUUCUAGAUUUGAAGUUGAUGCAGGGGGACGUAGGGUUCAACCACGAAGACCUGGAUCCCGUGAUCCUGGGAGUGUUUCUUCUAUAUCAAGCUGGAGAGGAGACCCAAGAGAGGCAUUUGAUGAUCGGUAUGAGCAAUUUGAGGGUCUGCAGGCUGAGGAAUGUGGCAUACUAAAUGGCUGUGAGAAUGGCCGAUGCAUCAGAGUUCCAGAAGGUUACACCUGUGACUGCUAUGAUGGGUACCGGCUGGACAUCACACUGAUGGCAUGCGUAGACAUCAAUGAGUGUGAUGAAGCAGAGGACCUAUCACUUCUGUGCCUAAAUGGGCAAUGCCGUAACACAGAUGGAUCCUAUGAAUGUGUUUGUCCCCGGGGCUAUGUCCUCUCCCGCCAUCACAACUACUGUCUCCCCAUCCAACAGUGAGCACUACAGACACGACCCAUUCUUCAAAGAACCAAAGACUUUCCACCAUGCCUUUCUGAUGCCUACUUUAUCAAAUAGGCCACAGAUCUACAAGAAACUGGCAAAAGGCGGAAAUAUAUUUAUUUUUCUGUAUAUAGUUGCAAAGGUUUUAUGGCCUACUCAGGAGAAAUUGGUUGUGGGCAAUGCAAGAGUGUCUAAUAACCCAAAAGCCUUAAUCUAAUACUGUGUAAUCACUUUGGCCUUGGAUAUACAAAGGACAUUUGUUAGUUUAUAAAUGGUAUUUGUUUGAAGGAAAGUAGACACUGCACUGAUUAGGGUUACUGGACCUUUCACGAUGUCUAUAGGUAACAGAUUCAAGUGAAUAAAAAAACCCAUCAAUGUAUGGCUUAGCCUGGUGUAAAAUAAAUCGUAUUAAUGACAUACACAUCGACAGGUAUGGGUGCCCCUAUAAGCAGGAUUCAUGUAGUGCUUCUAAAUGUCCAGAAGUCCAGCUGCAUUGUUCUUCCUAAGCCCUCUUUAUCCCUUUAAAUAAAUUAUCAGACUAGCUGCACGUUCUUGCUAAAAUACAUUUGUUGCUUUUUGCUCAACACAACCAUGAAGACAUAAACCCACUGCAACCAAAAUUGAUUAUCUCCCACCCUGGCCCAUGAUGUUCUUUUUUUGUUGUUCUAAUCUACAAUUAGCAACCUAAAACAAAAGUGUGAUUUUCUGACAUGAAGACAUAAGCUUCUUAUAUUAACAGCCCUUCACUUUACUCUACAUGUUCCUUAUGCAUCAAAUAUGAUACUGUAAAUUCUAAAUAGCAGGAACCAAACUCGGAUGAAUAAUUCUGUCAUCAAAUGUGGUUGCUGCAACUUCAUAAAUUUUAAAUAUUGUAUAUGCACAAAUAUACAACAUACAAUCAUUUUACCAGGGUCGCCCUCCGCUGCAGUUUACCAACAGCAGAUAAAAGGCUGCAAGCAGACCUCUGCUUUAUAAUAAAGGGUACCUACCCAGACACACCAGAAACAUUCACUUAAUUCCAUGAAACAUGUAACAGUAAACACACUGCUUGAUUAUAACUAGCCUUCCUCAUUCCUUUUUAUAUGCCACUUCCCAUGCACAUUAUCAGGCAUUUAAAAUGAAGUUGUUUUAUGAAAAUAAAACAAUGUAAUGCAGUCAAUAAAUUAACCAUCUUGUGACGUUAUGGUUAUUAUGUCUCAGUAGUGCUAACAGGAACCAUGCAUUCCAAACUGGGUGGAAACUAACCAAUGCCCACAUGUCUCAAGCAUUCACACUAUGCCUUUCUGCUUCUUACACUUUUAAAAAGAAUCUCCAUAUUUCCUCUGAAAAAGACUGACAACUCUUUCUCACUUGCAAAAGUAUAUCUUUGUACACUUCCAUUUUAUAGAUAUGUUGAGGUAACAAGCAAAAUGGAAUAAAAAUGACUCUAUAUAUUAAA